AUGGCGCCGUCGGUGGGUGAGUGGGAUGAGGGGACCACAGCCGGCGGGGACGAAGCAAGACCCCCGCCGGCCGUGACGUCGCUCGAUCUAACCAACGAGCUCCCUACCGGUUGCACAUGCGCGGUAACGUACCUCAAAGUCAAUCACCCGGGGACACCGUCGGGAUGGGGGACAACGAUGAACCCUAUCCCGACGGAGCCCAUCCGACGAUAUCAUGCCGUCGGUGGGCGGGAAGGGGGUAGUGGCCGGCGGGCACGAAGCAAGACCCCCGCCGGUCCUAUAAAACAGAAGACGUUGCUCGGUCUAAUAAACGAGCUCCCUACCGGUGCCCACAGUGUAGCCACAACAUGGUUGCACACGCGCGGUAAUGUACCCCAAAGUCAAUCACCCGGGGACACCGUCGGGAUGGGGGUCAACGAUGAACCCUAUUCCGACGGAGCUCAUCCGACGAUAUAA